UGAAAUGAUGAGUUACGAUUUUAGAUUUUUUGUCGGGGCUUCUCUCUCGCUCGGGGCGAGAAAGAAGAGGUCAGCUGAGGGGGAACGAGAGAAAGAGCGGGGGAGUCAAGAGUCAAGACUCAAGACUCGAGGGAAGGAGAGAAAGAGGCGAAGCAGCCUCGAUUAAUCUUCGUCCAUCAAGAAUUUUUUCUCUGAAAAACGAAGAUAUUCUUCCAUCUACAUUUCCUGUGCAAGGUUGAGGUUAUAUAAUUGACGAAUCAUUAAUGUCUCUCUUUCUCUCUCAGCAAUCAAUCUUCUCCUUCUAGCGAUCUCUCGGGCGAUGUCCCUCGAGGUUAGGUUACGUUAGGUUUAGGGUUUGUGAGAUAAUUUGUCUUCUGAGCUUGACUCGUAGACGGAGCUUCGUCUUCUCUAGUAAGAUUGUUUCCAUGGGUUACUAGAUGAUCAUCUUGUAACUUCUGCCGAUCACCUCAAUUGACGUUGUCAAGUGACCUACCUGAGAUGCUGGUUUUGGCAAGGACAAAUCCGUUGAUUCAUCCCCAUUUAGACUACCGGGUUUUUUAUUUUUUAUUUUAUUUUUUUAUUUUUUUUAUUUUUUUUAUUUUUUUAAAUUGUGAUCUCAACGAUUAGGAUUACGGUUAGGGAUUGAAAGGAUGGACAAUUCAGUCAGCAAUUCCGACUCGUACAGGAAUUCUUCCGGCAGCAGUAGUAAUUUGAGACGAUACGGAAUGCAUUUCUCUGCUGCAAAUUUCAUCCAGGCGCCUCUGUCGGCUCUGUUGGAAUAUUCUGGUAUUCUUCGUACUCGGUCAAAUCAUCAGGAAAUAGAGGGUUUAAUCAAUGGAGGAAUUAAUUCUGGUUUCCGAGACCAAAUUCAGAGCCGGCUGGAUGAUCCUGCUGCAGGGGCAAGUGGCAGCGGUGGGGAGGUUUCCAUUAGGAUAAUUGGUGCUGGAGAACAAGAGCAUGUCAGGUUGGGAACAAACCUCCCAAGUUCAUCAGCCGUUGGGAGAGAGGCAAAUUCUGGUGACACCGGAGUAUCCGCUGGCCAGAUGGCGGCACCAGCGGCAACUUCAUCAGAUCGUCAGGGGGAUGCUGCCAAUGAUGGCGGGAGUGCAGAAGGGCUUUCUUCAUCAUCUUCGGCUUCAAUCUCCGGCGUCGAUUUGGGUAAUGGUAGCACAGAUGGUGAGGGAGGUAAUGUUCUGGGCGGAAAUACGAGGGAUACUUCUUACCAUAGAUACGAUAUUCAGCAGGUUGCAAGGUGGAUUGAGCAGAUUCUCCCCUUCUCUUUGCUCUUAUUGGUUGUAUUUAUCCGGCAGCAUUUGCAAGGUUUCUUUGUCACAAUCUGGAUUGCUGCAGUAAUGUUCAAGUCCAAUGACAUUCUAAGAAAGCAGACAGCUCUAAAGGGAGAGAGAAAAAUUUCUGUCCUUAUCGGCAUCACGAUUGUUUUCAUGCUCCACGUGGUUGGUGUUUACUGGUGGUUUCGAAAUGAAGAUCUUCUAUAUCCAUUGAUCAUGCUUCCUCCAAAAGCAAUACCACCUUUCUGGCAUGCUAUAUUCAUGAUAAUGGUGAAUGACACUAUGGUGCGGCAGGCAGCUAUGGUUUUCAAGUGUAUUCUACUGAUGUAUUAUAAAAACAGUAGAGGCCGGAAUUAUCGUAAGCAGGGUCAAAUGCUAACUCUAGUUGAGUAUCUGCUGCUGCUGUAUCGUGCUUUAUUACCAACUCCUGUCUGGUACCGGUUUUUCUUGAACAAGGAGUAUGGAAGCCUUUUCUCAUCACUAACUACAGGGUUGUACCUAACAUUUAAGCUUACGUCAGUUGUUGAGAAGGUCCAAUCAUUCUUUGCUGCUUUAAAGGCAUUAUCUCGAAAAGAGGUCCACUAUGGUUCUUAUGCCACAUCAGAUCAGGUCAAUGCAGCUGGUGAUCUUUGUGCUAUUUGCCAGGAGAAGAUGCAUGCUCCAAUCUUACUUCGCUGUAAACAUAUAUUUUGUGAAGACUGUGUAUCAGAGUGGUUCGAACUCUGCUACUGUGCUGGACUUUACUUUUACUGCCAGAUUUGACCUACAGGAACUACAGCUCCUAGUUGCUGUUGUAUCAGAGUGUUUUCCAGUUGCAAUCACAAGUCCUGGGUAUUGCGAUUCUCCCUUCUAAGCCCCAGGUUGAUCCAUGCUGGUGUGAGAGAGCUCCAUCAAAACUAUCGAAGCUGCCUCCUUUGUUUCUGGUUCUGACGCAGGUUGAAGAAGAGUCGUGAGUUGCUCCUUUUCUGUCUUUGAAUUCAGAUUUUCCACUAUGCCCUUCACUUUGACUCCAAUUUUUUUAUAUCCCCUGUUACUAUUUUACUUCCUAUUGUAGCCUAUCAAAUUACUAUUAAUUCCUUUUAAGUCCAUCUUCCAAACAGCUCAUUAAUAAUCUAUAUUUACAAGUCUACCACUCUUAUUAUUUCUGUUUAUUUACAAUACUGCCACUGCCUUUGAUUCUUGGGUACUCCUAUUUGGAUGGGCUAUUAAGCGAACCGAACCGGGUUUUCUUAAACCCCGGUUCUGCAUUAUUGUUUCUCCUAUUUUAACCCUAAUGUUUAAUUAGAUAUAGGUUUUGGGUUUGCCACCAAUAGGUUCACACCCCUUCUGACUGCAAGACCACUCCCAUUUGUCUUCCAACAAAAACAAAAUAUUUUUUUCAAAUAAUUUAUGGCAAUAUUCAGAAGACCUAAAAUGGAAGCGACAAUACGUUAUCAGUUUAUCACCAGUUUAAAAUUUGCUAGUUUGUCAUGUCAAAGUACUGCAUUGAGAUCUUGGAUGGUAGUUAGGACUUGGGCAUGAGUCCUAGUCACAUACAAGUACCUUAAUGAAGUUGGGGUGUGACAAUUGUGAUAUUGAUCAGCUUGUGUUCACAACAAAGAAUGCCAAGAAUAAGCAGGUCGAAUCUGAGGCUUUCUGUCGAGAGAAGCUGGGGUGUUUGUAUCUCAGUGAAAUUGGUGAAGGAAGUGGCACCAUCAACUUCUCUGAAAUUGAGAUGAUGUCACCAUAGAGGAGGGGCCACAGCUAUAUCUGUUGAUCCAUUGGGCUCGCGAGCCACUCUUUAACUUGGCCAGUGCAGGCUACGACUUCAAGCUCACCAAAGCUCAAAGAACAACUGAUUUUGAAAUCGCCAAUCAGUACACUGAAGGUUCCAUUCUUGUUAUCGAGUCUUCCCUUGUUUGUACUUUUCCUGUAUUUCCUUCUUUUAGUGAAGUUCCGAACUUUCUAUACAUUGAGUCUAUAGUUCUCCCAGAUAUCAAUGAAAGUUUUGAUAUUGAGUAA